UAUUAUUAUUCUGGAUUCAAACAUGGACACAAGACCACUCAAGUGUGUGUGUGUGACCUUCCUCCUCACCCUUAUUCUUCUUGCUUCUGUAUCAGAAUCCAGGCUAUUGAAUAGUCCUGUAAAUGGUGUGUUAAGAACAUUGAAGAACUCUGGUCCAAGCCCUGGUAAAGGCCACAUGCUUAAAAAGCUUCAAAACUUUGCACAGAUCAAGCACUCUGGACCUAGCCCUGGUACUGGUCACAAGGUUAACAAUUCUCAAAACCUUGGAGACAUUAAGGAAUCUGGUCCUAGCCCCGGUGUUGGUCAUUGAUUCAGUUCAUACAUCUCCUAGUUCUUUUGCUUUUUUU